AUGCAGCGUCUCGUGUCUCCCGCCUGCCCCGCCGCACCGCACCUCUCGCCCUCGGCUCCGGCCUCCUCCAUCGGCUCACCCUCGCCCGCCGCCCUCCCUCCGCCACUCGUCCCGACCGAGCACCCGCUCUUCCUCAGCAUCGACGCCUCGUCCUCCGAGGUCGUGCGCGCGUGCGUCCUCGAUGAGCGCCUGCGCGUCGUGUGGACCGAGGAGGUGUCGCUCGACGUCGACCUCGCCAGCUACGGCAUCCGCCACGGCGUCUACACGCUCGGCGACUCGGUGACGUGCCCUUCCGAAGCGCGCCUGCACGCCCUCGACCUCGUCCUCGAGAAGCUCGCCCGCGAGGGCCCCGACCCGACCCUCCUCGGCCGCGUCGUCGCCAUCAGCGGCGCAGGUCAGCCCCACACGCUCCACUACCUCUCGCCCUCGUUCCCCUCGCUUCUCUCGGCCCUCUCGCACACGCCCUGCGCCCGCAUCUCGUCGAUCCUCACCGCCGACCGCGCCUUCUCGCUCGCGCACCCGCCCACCUCGGGCGACUCGUCGGCCGCGCCCCAGGUCCGCGAGCUCGAGCUGCACUGCGGCGACUCGGCGGCGUCGAUCUCGGCGUCGAUGCACGAGGAGGAGGAGGGCGGCAGCGGGCGCGAGAGCGUCGCGCAGAGGCGCGAGCGCGGCAGGGUCGAGAUGGCGCGUCGCACGGGCUCGAGGGCGACGGCGCGCUCGGCGGCAGCGCAGCUGCUGCGCGUCGUGCAGAUGGACCAGGGGAUCGGUCAGGAGCUCGAGCGGGGGCAGGUGCUUGGCGGGAGCGGCGUGCUCGGCGGGACGGAUAGGGUCGUGCUCGAGGGUGGGCUGUUCGCGAGCGUGUUCCUCGGCAGGUACGCCCCGACCGACGCCGCCGACGCGUGCUCGACCAACCUGUUCGACCCGGUCGGCGCCAAGUGGGACGACGACCUUCUCGCGUUCGUCGGCUCGGGCGGCAGCAAGAUGGGCGAGGGGGCGCAGGCGGCGGGCGAGAGGCUGAGGGCGCUGCUCGGCGAGGUCGAGGUCGAUGGCGGGGUCGAGCUCGGCAAGAUCUCGCCCUUCUUCGUCAAGCGCUUCGGCUUCUCGCCAAACUGCAUCAUCGUCCCCUUCUCGGGCUCGGACCCGUCGGCCUUCCUGUCCUUCCCGCUCUCGACCUCGGCCUCGCCCUCGCACCGCGACGCCCUCCUCUCGCUCUCGUCCGUCGCCGACACCGACACGCUCGCCGUCUCGAUCGCGCGCUUCGUCCCCGACCCGGAGCGCAGCGUCGUGCGGCACCCGGCAAAGGCGUGGUGGGAGCUCGGGCCGGUCAAGGGCAAGGGCAAGGGGCGCGAGCGGGUUGAGAAGGUCGACGAGCAGGACGAGGAGGGGACGCCCGACUUUGUCGCCUUCAUCUCGAGCCGCGACGCCGGAAUCGGCCGCGCCCUCGCUCGCGACAUGUACUGCAACGGCCAGUGGCCCGUCUUUGCGCACCUGAGCGCCAUCGUGCCGCAUGGUGGAACGAUCGGGCUCGACGACAAGCACUUCUCGUUCUUCUUCCCGCACGGCGAGGCGACGUCGGCGCAAGGCCUCGUCCGCUUUGCGCACGGCGCGCGCGUCACCGAGUUUGUCGACCGCAAGAUCAACCCUCGCCUGCUCGUCGAGUCGCAGGUCAUGUCGCUUCGCAUCCGCCUCGCGCACCUGUACCGCUCCCUCCUCGCCGACGACGACCCGUCCCUCGCCUCUCUCCGCCCGCACGACCCUCUCGGCUUCCCCGCCCGCUCGUCGGCCUUCUCGCCCUCGCACCUCAUCCUCGUCGGCGAGGCCGCCGAGAACCCGGCCCUGUCGUCCCUCGUCUCGACCAUCUUCCACUCGCCGACGUUCCUCCCGCUCGCCGGCGGGCUCAAGUCGUGCGCGCUCGGCCAGGUCGGCCUCAAGGGCGGCGAGGCGCACGCCGAGUUCGAGCAGGACCGCCAGAAGACGACGGCGGCCGCGCUCGGGUCGGCGUACAAGGCGGCGUGGGCCCACGCUCGCGCGGCACACGGCGUCAAGGUCCCGUUCGCGACGUUCCUCAGUCGCGCGGUCGAGGCGCAGGCGCUCGAGAUCGACGGCGGGUCGGCGUCAACGACGAGCGCGGGCGCCAAAGUCGAGCAGCACCACCGCUCGGGCGGCUCGUCAGCGGCGGCGUCGCGCCCUUCUACGGCCUCGGCUUCGGCGUCGGGCUCGGGCUCGGGCUCGGGUGCGGCGACGUCGACGAGCGCGCUCAGCCGCCUGUCGCUGCCGCGCCACGGCCACAGCGAGGGCAACGGCUCGCGCUCGGGCCUCGAGCAGCGCUCGAGCCCGGCCGCGUUCGGCGCGCACGCGCUCGGCUCGUCGCGCGACGGCGGCGGGCUCGAGGACCAGCAGGAGGGAGCAGGAGGAGGGCGUGGGCCGACGGGAGAGCUCGCGCCGGACCCGCCGGGCCUGUCGCUCGUCGCCGUCCCCGACCAGCACGAGGCCAAGUACUACGACAGCAUGCUCCCCGAGUUUGUCCGCCUCGAGCGUGCCGCCCUCAAGGGCCUCGUCUAGCCGGCUCGGCCCUCGCGCGCCUCGGGCCCUCCCGUCCAGCGCCAAGGUCGUUCUCGUCGUCAUCAUCGCCCUCGUCGUCAACCGCAUCUCGUUCAGCAUCAUCGUCCGCAUCGUCCCACUCGCCUCGCACCUCCUACCUUUCCUCCUUCCCCUCGCAUUCGACUCUCUCAGCAUGGCUCCCUUCUCGCUUUCCUCCUCCUGGAUAGACCCUUCCUCGUCGUCUGUCUCUCUGUCUGGAUCGUCCUGCAUCGACCGCUUGCCUCGUCCUCGU